ACUUUCUACUUCGCUGCACAAAUAAGAAACCAUCAAUCAUUAUCUUCCUUUAUAUGGCUAUGACUCCAUCCAGGUCCCCUCAUUUCUCAGCAUCCGGGAGAGGCAGAGAGAUGGGUGUCAAGUCCUGCUUGUUGAGAUUGCUGCCGUUUGCAGCCCUGGUAAUGCUGGAAUGCGUUGAUACGGGCUUGACCACAAUAAGCAAAGCAGCCAUGUCCAAGGGAAUGAGCCACUUUGUUUUUGUUGUCUACUCAAAUGCUCUUGCCACUGUCAUGAUGUUCCUUUUUUCUUUCUUCUUCAACAGGACAAAGAGACCACCACUUACCUACUCCCUCCUCUGCAAAUUCUUCCUCCUCAGCCUUGUUGGAAUUACCAUGAUGCAGAAUUGUGUGUUCACUGGUGUAAACUACAGUUCUCCUACCCUUGCUUCUGCUAUAGGCCAAUUAUUCCCUGCCUUUACCUUCUUGCUUGCAGUUAUGUUCAGGAUGGAGAAGUUAGAUUUGAGAAGCUCAAGAAGCCAGAUCAAAAUUUUGGGCACACUAGUAUCAAUUUCAGGAGCAAUGAUUAUAAUCUUUUACGAAGGUCCUCCAAUAGGUGUCACAACCUUGCCAUCACAUCCGGAACCUGUAUUGACAGCAAAAAAUUCCUGGGUCAUAGGUGGAUUAUUCUUUGCAACUGCUAGUUUAUCUCUGUCAGUAUUUACUAUUUUUCAGGCAGCAAUUCUGAGAGGGUACCCUUCAGAGAUGACCAUAGUCUCCUUCUAUUGCCUAUUUGGAACUAUACAAUGUGCAAUAGUUGCCUUGAUUGCAGAGAAGAACCCAAAUGCUUGGAAACUGAAGCCUGAUAUUGAGCUCGUAUCUGUCAUCUACUCAGCUGUGUUUGGAAAUGUGGUGACAUACAGUGUAGCAACAUGGUGCAUACAUAAGAAAGGGCCUGUUUUUGUGGCCAUGUUCAAACCCUUAGGGAUAGCCAUUGCUGCCUUUUUGAGUGUCAUCUUUCUGGGCGAUACACUUCAUGUUGGAAGCAUUAUAGGGGCGAUCAUAAUCGUUGCGGGUUUCUAUGGAGUAAUGUGGGCACAAUCCAAGGAAGAAGAACAAAUUGAAGCGAAAGAAAUUAGUGAACAGCAGAGUACCCCUCUCUUGGGGAGUCGGACGAAUGUGUAAACUAAUGCAAUUCAUAGUAUUAGCAGGGAUGCAUCAAGAUAAUAAUAUUGUUUGGCCUAUGUCAAAAUAUAAAGCGAGAAAAUUGGUUUUCUGUUUGUGGGCAGAACUCGUGACUUUAAUUUAGGAUUGCCCUACGAAAACCAUUUUGCCUGCCAAAACUUUGACAUCAGUUGAUAUCCUGAUUAAGCACUUCGAUAAGCGUAUGUUAUCCUUAUUCAGUAAGUUGACGAAGAUGAAAAUAAGAUCAGCCCAUUACACGCUUCUUGGUU